AUGGAAAUUAUGAGAAAACCUAUAAAAGAAAAGAACAGCCAGGCUAUCAGUGUAGAGAAGUAUAUCUUGGCCGAAACCAAGGAGCAAGAUAAAAGCAUAUGUGAGAACAUUCUCUAUAAACAUUAUUUAAGACAAAUAGAAUUUAAGUCAUUGGAUUCAAACUCUAAAGAAGUAUCAAAAAGGAAUGGGCUUUACAUUCAUUUUACAAAUCCUGAUGAUCUGAAGCUUUCACGAAGUUUCAAAAACCUCAAGUUCUUUGAUAUAAAUCAGCUUACUUUCGAUGGUGUUGAAUCUAAAAAUAUGAGUUUUGUUGAGUUUUUAGAAUUCUCAUUCCCGGAUAAAACAAAUCAGCUCUAUUUUGGUUCCUGCCUUCAAAUUGAUCUGAAUAGAUCAAAUUACUUCAAGCCAUUGGUCAGUAUAAGCACAAAAGUUAUCCAAAGAGUUUUCUUUGCUUUUUUUCGCAUUGGCCUCCCUCAACUAAAGAGAUUAUUGGCAGCUUACAAGCAUGUGAGGGUUUUUGGAUUACAAUAUUGAAAAUUAUCUAUCCCAAAUGUCCCUGAUCUCUCAAAGGCUCUUAUCAAUUGCCAAAUCCAGAAACUGGAUUUAUUAAGAUCAGGGGAAUCUGAUUUAAGUGAUUGGGAAAGCAACCUUGACCAGUUCAAGAACAUGAUACAAGGACUAUCAAGCUCUCCAGACUUAAGAUUAAGCCUCACAAAGGUAUCUAUCAAUUCCUGCGAAGUAAACCAAGAUGAAGCUGAACAAAUUUUUGAAGAAAACCAACUAGGAGAAGUUGAAAUAAUUGGUGGAAGUUAAGC